AUGCAGCCAGAGCUGCUGGAGCUGUUUGCCCGAGCCCAGACGCUGCCGGGGCAGGCUGCCGAGGGCGCCGGCAGCCCGCAGCGCCGCCGGCGCAGCAGCAGGGGCACGGUGGCAGGUGGCGAGGAGGAGGCGGCGGCGGCGGCGGCGGCCGCCGCCGAGGUGGCUGCGGAGCAGCAGGCGCCGUGGGGCGAGGAGGGCGCGCUCGCCUCGCCGCCGCUGUCUGGCGCCUACACCGCAGGCGGCGGCAGCGACUACGGCCCUCUGUCUGUUGGCGGCGUGUACGAUGAGGAGCUCAUUGAGCCAGCCGACACCCAGCAGGAGCAGCAGGCGGCCUUCCCGGGCGAGAUGGAGGAGGAGGCGGCGGCGCCAGGCACCGCGGCCGAGCGCCGCGCCAAGCUGCACCUGCACCCGGUGCUGGGCAGCGGCGAGGCGCUGGGCGAGCUGGGGUCGAUAGGACCCGACGACAGCAGCGCGGCACGCAGCGGCGGCUCCAGCGCCGCCGCGCAGCAGACUGCGUUCACCAAGAACACCGCGCUGGUGCUGGAGCACCUGCGCCGCGAGCUUGCGCCCUCGGCGGGCUCCAAGCGGCGCCACCCCUCGCACGGCGACCUGGCCGCCGGCAUGGCAGCGCUCAGCCUGGACAGCCUGCUGGAUGCUGGGACUGCGGGGGGCGGCCGCCGCGGCCGCCUGGAUGCGGCCAGGUGGUUUUACGAGUCCCUGGUGCUGCGCAACACCGGCUUUGUGGCGCUCAGCCAGGCCCAGCCGUACGGCGACAUCGAGAUCCGCCCCACCGCGCAGCUGUUGCAGCCGUAG